AAGAAAGAGGAGAAGGAGCUGCAGGAGGAGGAGGAGGAGGAGGCAGAAGAGGAGGAGGAAGGAAGAAUUAAAGAAGAAGAGAAGAAGCAAAUUGAAGACAGGAAAGACGAGAAGGUGGAACAACCCAAGGAAGUGGAGCAACCCAAGGAAGUGGAGCAACCCAAGGAAGUGGAGCAACCCAAGGAAGUGGAGCAACCCAAGGAAGUGGAGCAACCCAAGGAGGCUCCACCCAAGGAGGAGGUGGAGGAAGGGGAGGAGGAGGAGGAGGAGGAGGAAAAAGAGAAGGAGGUGGAGAAGGAGGAGCUAAAGCGACGAUGA